UCCUUUAGUGACCGUAUUAUUUCGUUUAUAAUAAUUGUACCUAAUUAUAAAAAUCGAUCUUCUUCGCACUUUGAUUUCGAAGUGUUAAUAUCAUAAAUUUUAUUGUGUGUGCGUUUUAUUCGAAUACUAGAAUAGUGGUGGUGAUCGAAGACCAGCCAUUGAAAUGUCGCAGAGUGCAUCAAGAAAAGAUGGUGAGAAACAGGGGGCCAAAAACAUUCCGCAACCGAACGAGUUAUGUAAUAAGAGCAGAAGGACAGCGACACAAAACCCUACCAAGUUCAGCCGUAAUCAGGAAAAUCACGAGCUACAGAAUUUAAAAGACAGUAUCGCCGAUUACAGUGGACGCGUUAAGUUCUUAGAAGCCAAAAACUCAAAAUUAACACAAAAGCUCCAUUUUUCAAAUGAGGUGAGAACCCGGGAGGUGUCCAACGCUAUGACAUUAUGUGAAUCUGAACUUGACAAACUAAGAAAUGCAUUAGAAUGCGAAGUUGAACAAAAGAACCGCCUCGAGUUAGAGAAUAGGCGUCAUAUUUUCAAAAUAAAACAGCUCAAUACAAAACUUGACCAAAUUUCAAAGGAGUUGGAAGAAACUAAAUCAUUUGAAGCAAGAUAUCGCGAAAUUACUGUAAAAUAUGGUCAAGCUUUGAUUGACAAUAAGAAUUUAAAAGACGCUAAUAAUGCAAUUGAAACAACACAAAAUCAGCAAGAAAAAGGAUCAUUAAUGAGUUGAUGGCACAAUUCAACAACCAAUCGAAGCGGUCAUUUUUAAAUGAUCAUAACUAUUAUAAAGAAAUUUGCCA